UUUAUGGCGCAGUAGUCUACCUAUGUCAAAUGAACUCUCUUCGGUCAAUUGUUCAGCAUCGCAAUUUUAUGUGCCCACAGAGAAUAAUUCGGGUUUUCAUAUUUGCAGCACAAAAGAUGCUGGCUCACCAAGGAGAAAUGUUGCACGCUUUCAACGCCCUACAGCAUUGCUGAGUGAAAGACAUAGGUCUGAAUCUCCUGCAACUCGUUCGAAAAGCAGACAGAAUGAGUUGGCUGCCACCCUCGACCGACAGCAUGACAAAUAUGACUUUGAGUCCUUGCAGAGAGAAAUUGCCAAAAGAAGCGGAGUCCUCGUUUUUGGAAACAAAGUUUUGCAUGCAAAAACAGACGACUUCAUCAAUGAAGGGUGCUUGGGUUCUGGGACUUGUAGUUCUGUAUAUAAAAUGCGGCACCGUUCAAAACAUGAUAUUGUUAUGGCUGUUAAGCAGAUGCGUGUGUCAUCUACGUAUGAAGAGGAAAACAAACGCAUUAUGAUGGACCUAAACAUUGUUACCAAAAGUUUUGAUUGUGCUCACAUCGUCGAAUGCUUUGGGAUAUUUUUUUCAGGAGGUGAUGUUUGGAUAUGUAUGGAGGUCAUGUCAACUUGCUUGGACAAGCUGUACCACGAUUUGCAUCGUCCAUUUCCCGAGAAAGUAUUGGGAAAAGUGACUGUAGCCAUCACUACUGCUCUAGACUAUUUGAAGAGGAAGCACAAUGUAAUGCACAGAGACGUUAAGCCAUCUAAUAUGCUUUUGAGUUAUCAAGGUGUGAUCAAACUAUGUGAUUUUGGAAUAAGUGGAAUACUCAAAGAUUCAAUCGCUCGUUCAAGACAACCAGGGUGCACUGGAUACAUGGCCCCGGAGCGUCUAAACAAUGCAACGUAUGAUGUUCGUGCGGACAUAUGGUCACUUGGCAUAUCGCUGUUAGAGCUGGCGACCGGAUCUUUCCCGUAUACUGGAACUCAGAUUGAGUUUGCUAUUAUGACGAAAAUCAUCUCUGAUCCACCACCGUCGUUACCGCAUCAUAUACCCUUCACACAAGCGUUCCGGCAGUUUGUGGAGUUGUGUUUGACAAAGGAUCACACUCAGCGUCCGAAAUAUCGCUCGUUAAUGAGUACAGAAUUUUUUGUUCGAUAUAACAGAGAACCGCAUCAUGUGUUAGAGUGGCUCAAAGCACUUCCGUUGCCACAUCUACAUCAUACUGAAGAGACAAAUAUUAAUAGCAUUUGGGAUCGGAAAACUCCAACAAGCAUUAUGUCAGGUACCAACAAUCUAACAGGUACACCUGAAUCUCCUGACUCAAUAACUACUCUUAGCCCAGAUGUUUCCAGAGGAUUGAGUAGUAUGUCGUUGAAUGAAUUUUGUGAGUCGAGGAAAGCCUCCAGGGAAGAGAUAAACAGGCCAAAUGAAAUAGAUGUUACCUUGGUUGCAGCACCCAUGGUGAAUACAAAUCCUGAUAUUCAUUCACAAUUUAUUGUUGAUAAACCGUCGAUAAAUUCUGGUCAGUUUGAAAAUGAAACUGUUCCGACUACUUCAUCGACAAUCAGUGAACAGUUUUCUGCCAAAUCGAUUAUCACCACUUCUCCUAAUAGUCAAAACACAAUGAUGGAACAAAGCUCAGGAAAUUUUAUUCACCUACUAGAAAGCAAGGCCAACAAGUUCCUGUCUCAGACUUCAUCGGGUUAUGGGUCUGCUGGUUCUGAUAGUUCUCCAGGGUCUCUCGGAAGCGAUAGUCGACCACCAAGUUCCACUCAAGUUCUUGAUGUGGUAGUGUCUAAUCGGAACGUUAAUGGAAUGCCUCCUCUACCGAUGGUUCAACGCUGUAAACCUGCUUGUGUUGUCCGAGUCAAUAAAUCUGAUAAAUAUUCCUUUAAUACACCAGAAAAUAAUGUUGAUUGCUCUAAGAUACCAGUCCGUCCAAUCGUUUCAGAUCCGUUACCUAAUCAUCCUGUUUCUCAGAAGACUCAACAGUCAAUGCUGGGAUCUGAUCAAUGGAGCACUCUGUCUUUAUCCUCCAGAACAACUCAUAUAAAUACAUCUCAUCCUAUUAUGGAAACUUUCACGCAUAGUCCGUUGUCAUCCCUUAUCGAGAAAUUCGAACCUAGUGUUGUAGGUGCUAAUAAUAGUCUAGAAGUUAGCAGCACUAGUGAAAAGUAUAAGAAUUCAAAGCAAAUAGUUUCUUCAGUUGUUGAUCAUGAACAAAGAGCUAAACCCUUCGGUUCUCCUGAAAUUACAUUGGGAUCUAGUCGUACCAAGUGUGAAGACAUUAACAACAAACGAAAGGUAGCUGGUCAAACGCGUUCUUCCUCUGUCGGUGCUCAGCUGCAACGUUCUCCCGCUCAGAGAUGGUUGGUGAAGCCAACAUCUAUUUGUCGAAAUCCACAGUCUGAUCAAACUUCUGUUUGUGUGCAAAAUGGUAAUAUUACGCCUACACGUUCGCCAAUAAUUUCCAGUACUGCUUCACCUUUGCAGAAUUCGAACUGUGAUAGCGUUAUCGGGAAAAGUACAUCUCCACAACAGUAUCAUCAUCAUUAUUUCUAUUAUUAUUAUGAUAACAAUCUGGAACCUAACAAUCCUACCGAGGUGUCUAAUACAUCAUGGAUGACCAAAGACAGUGCUGGUACAGUUGGAAGGAAUUUAGCAUCCUCUUUUACCACAUCAAGUGUUAACUCAGUAGUUAAUAAUUCUUUAUCUACUCGCGAUGUAUCACCAUUUCUUUCAGGUAGAAUGUGCCAACGCUUAAAUACUCAUCCUGUCCCGAAACAAAGCUAUCUACAGUGUUCUUCUGCAUCUAAAGUUGUGCUAAGUCCACCUUAUUAUUCUGGUUUAAUAUCAUCACGUUUACCUUUACCUCCACCAUCAUCUACGAGUCAAAUUAUGUCGAAAGAAUCACGUGCACGAUGUCCUAGACAAAAUCCUUCAUUAUCUGUACUUAAUACUGCCAUGUCGAAGGAUAUUCCGUUAAAAAGUAACGGAGGUAAACAUCCUCCUAAGCUGACCUACCGAUCAAUUUCACAACCGCCUAAAUCACGCGAUUGGUUAUCCUUUGAAACAGAGUUAUAAAAUGCUGUACACCUCAUGAUGAUGAUGGGAUAUAUUUAAUGCAUAUCAUCAGAACACAAACCAAAACUAAGUUUUACAUACCCAACCAUACACCGAUGUCUUUCAAUGCUUUUUUCAUAAAGCAUUUCCCCACUUUUAUAUAAAGUAAGUGGGUUGUCCUUUUUGUGUGCAAAUUUUUUCACAAUGCUUUCACAUCUUAUUUCUAGUCUUUCUCUAUGCACCACAAAACUCGACGUAACUUGUAAUAUUUACUUAUUUAUUUAUUACUAUUAUUUUUUCUGUUUUUGUCGUCGCUAAUUGUGGUCAGUGGUAAUUCAACAGUUAGGCUGUUUCUACUGUACAUACUAUACUGUAAAUUAUUAUUAAAACUGACCGAUUUGUAAAAUGAUGUAAAAGAUGUUUAUCUCCAAAUGAAUGGCGAUGAUGCUGUUGCAUUCUCAGAGGAUGCACUAAUAUCUAUAUUUAUUCUUGUUUAUUCAAUGCUAAUGAAAUAGUCUCAUUUUUAUUUUUAGGUCAACUUCCUAAUAUGUAAUUGUAUCUUUCCUUUUUUUCUUCUUUCUUUUCUAAAAUGUGUUGGGGGGUCUUGAAUUUUGGAUGAUUUUUCAGGAAAAGUUAGUCAUCUUUCACACAAUAAUAUGUUAGGUUUCUGUCAAUAAAAAAAAGUAAUUUUGAAGGUUUGUACUACAAUUGUCUUUGACUCACCUCUCUAGUGUAUUGUGGAAUGUAAUAUCGGCUGAAAGUUGGUUGGGUGUGAGAUUGCGCUUUAUCCUAAACGUGUAUAUGGGAAAUAUCUUGGUAAUAAUGGGAAAUAAAAUUAACAGUUAUUCUGCGGUAGCUUAUUAUUUAGUCUGCUUGUCACGAUUCAGUUGGCAGUAUUGAUUUAUAUAGCAUAGUCUCGAAAAAAUGAAAUCCGUUUCAGUAACAUUCGGGAUCAAGUUUCUGGAUUGUGUAGAUAUUAUUGCGAGUUGACAUCAGAUAGUGAACUUUUGGAAAACCAGCGAGUACUGGGGAGCUGUUUCUCCCAAGUUUGGGACUCUUCAUCGUCAUGCACCCGCUGGGAUUCGAAGCCAGUACAAUACCCUCCGGUUACAAGACAAGCUUACGGACCAUUCAGCCACUGGGACCCGAUCCAGUGGGACAAGCCCAUGAAUUCCAACUUCUGCUAAUUCGCGAUAUACAGCCCAGCUGCCAGUCAAUGUCACCGGCGGGUAACUGUUCUCUUACCUGAUUUGGUGGACCGACUCCUCUGGUCAAAACUUCUGACUAGAACUCCAGGUGUAAUUGCUUGUAUGCAGGAGCAAGAUCUCUGCUGAGAGUCUUAUUGUAGAUCAUGCAUCCUCAGAAAAUUAAAAGGAUGAAUGGAAGGUCUUUCUGGCAAAGCUUUACUUUCGUAAAAAACCUACAUUAGUGUACUUCACUUGGAGAGCAUGUCGAUCAAGAAAACAGAAAUAGUAGUCUUAACGAACUGUUAUAUAUCUUAUAAGAUGAAUUGUCUUCUAAAUUAUAUUCGUAUGUACUUCGUACUCCAUCUUUAAUUAGACGAUCCUGCAAGAUAUGAUCUAAGGAUAGAGAAUGAAGUGAUUCAGUCUGUGAACUCCUUUUAAUUGUGUGAGAUGUGUUUAAGAGCCCUUAUGAUUUGAUACCUUGAAUAGUGUAGAUUUUACACGAAACCCACAGAAACUACAUUUAUAAUUGUAUUGUAGGUGGAUGGAUGGUAGUUAGCGUGCUGGAGAACUGAAUGGAAAGUAAUGAAUUGGUACUAACACCCCGGUGGUAGAUAAAAACAUAUCUGAAACUAGGUUUCAUAUCUCUUGAAACUCAACGUUCGAGCUGCACAAAAGUUAACACUACCAAAAUGUUGCUUGCCUUGGCAACUAGACCUGUGCGUCGGUGG